ACCUUCCCCCUCCCCCUCACCCACCCGCGCCGGAAGGAGCCGACUCCAAUAUUAUCUUUAGACCAGUCAGUUUUUCCCGAUGCAUUGAGAAGAAAAGUGCUAGAUUGAAGCGGUUGCGUUGACGUGUCUCCAAUCUCGUCCCGAUAUGGCAACCCAUAGGGACAUGAGGUUUUCAUUGAUAGCUUUGGCAGCUGUCUUUUGCAUCCUUGUGGCCAAUGUCCUGUCAGUGGACAGGAAUAAUUUUAGGACCUGCGAUCAAACCAGUUUUUGCAGGAGAUGCAGGGGUGUUCAACCUGGGGCUUCGCCCUACCAACUCAACUUAGAUUCUCUUCAAACAACAGCUUCCUCUGUCUCUGCUGAAAUUCUAAAUUCUGUCCUGAAUGUGAAGUUCGUGUUCCAUUUGUAUUCUUUGGCAGACAAUACAUUUAGAAUGAAAAUAAAUGAGCUAUCCCCUCUAAAACCUCGCCAUGAAGUAAAUUUUGUACUCAACGGAGAGCCAAAUUAUGUCAGGCUUGAAGUACUGGAAAAAACGUCAGAAAAGGCUGUUGUGAAAAGUGGAGAGAACAAGGUUGAAAUCUUUGCUAAUCCAUUCCGAGUAGAUGUGUACAGAGGCACUGAACUUUUAAUCAGUACUAAUGCUCGUGGUCUAAUGCGCUUUGAGCAUCUGCGCCCCAAACCUGCCCCGAAACCUGAGACUCCUGAAGGAGAGGAACAAGCAGCAGUUGCUCCUACUGACGACACAGAGAGUGACCCAGGUGCCUGGGAGGAGAACUACAAGUCUCAUCAUGAUUCAAAGCCUAAUGGUCCUUCUGCUGUUGCCAUGGACUUCACUUUCCCAGGAGCAGAACAAGCCUAUGGUGUCCCCCUUCAUGCUGACUUCUUUGCCUUAAGAAACACCAAAGGCAUUGACCCAUACCGUCUCUUCAAUUUGGAUGUUUUUGAGUAUGAACUUGAGAAUGGCAUGUCUCUGUACGGUGCUAUUCCAGUGCUGUAUGCCCAUGGACUCAAGGAAUCUGCAGGAGUAUUUUGGCUCAAUACAGCUGAGACCUGGAUUGAUAUUGCAAAGCCUGAUGGAGAGAAUGUGGUCUCCUCUAUUGUUAACUUAGUGUCUGGCUCUGGUCAAGAACCACAGGUUGACGCUCAUUUCAUGUCAGAGUCGGGUAUUGUGGAUGUGUUUUUCUUCUUGGGCCCAAAGCCUUUGGACGUGUUCCGUCAGUAUUCUGCUCUCACUGGUUCAGCUCCCUUGCCACCUCUUUUCUCGCUUGGUUACCAUCAAUGCCGAUGGAACUACAAUGAUGAGGAUGAUGUUCGUAAUGUAGCAUUGGGUUUUGAUGAACAUGACAUACCUAUGGAUGUCAUGUGGUUGGAUAUUGAACAUACUGAUGGCAAAAAGUACUUUACUUGGGAUCCAGUCAAGUUUGCUCAUCCUACCGAUAUGAUUAACAAUUUAACUGCCAUGGGCCGUAAAUUAGUCACAAUUGUGGACCCUCACAUCAAAAGAGAUGGAGGUUAUUUCUUGCAUCAAGAUGCCGAAGCAAAUGGAUACUAUGUUAAAAACAAAGAUGGAAAUGAUUAUGAAGGAUGGUGUUGGCCUGGAUCAGUAAGUUAUCUCGAUCUAUUCAACCCAGUUGUGCGUGAGUACUAUGCAAGCCGCUAUCUUCUCUCAAAUUAUGUGGGCUCUACAUUGGACCUGCAUAUUUGGAAUGACAUGAAUGAGCCUUCUGUGUUCAAUGGGCCUGAAGUUACCAUGCUGAAAGACAAUAUUCAUUAUGGAGGAUGGGAGCACAGAGAUGUACAUAACCAGUAUGGUUUUAUGCAGCACAUGAGCACCUACGAAGGCAUGGUUAAGCGUUCUCAAGGAACGCUUCGUCCAUUUAUUUUGACCAGAUCAUUCUUUGCUGGGUCUCAAAGAUAUUCAGCUAUGUGGACUGGUGACAACCUUGCUGACUGGGGCCAUAUGCGCAUGUCUGUACCAAUGUGCCUGACCAUGGCUGUAUCAGGGUACUCAUUUUGUGGUGCUGAUGUUGGUGGCUUCUUCAAAUAUCCAGAUGCUGAACUUUUUGCCCGUUGGUAUCAACUUGGAGCAUUCCUACCAUUCUUCCGCGCCCACUCCAUAAUCGAAUCUAAAAGAAGAGAACCGUGGUUGUACAACCCUGACACUACUGCCGUGGUCCGGCAAGCAAUUCGCCGACGAUACAACUACUUGUCGCUGUGGUACACACUCUUCUAUGAGCACUCGCGCUACAGCACGCCUGUGAUUCUUCCUUUGUAUGCAUUGUACCCUAAAGAUAAGGAUGUAUAUGCCAUCGACAAUGAAUUCCUUGUUGGUGAUGCGUUGCUGGUGCACCCUGUUGUAACAUCUCAGGCCUCAGAGGUCCAAGUAGUUUUCCCUGGUGAAAAUGAGCGUUGGUAUGAGACUGAAACUUUUGAACUGUUCCGGGGACGCUCUACUGUCAGUGUGCCUGUUGAUAUGAAUAAGAUUCCUGUUUACCAGAGGGGUGGUACCAUAGUUUCAAGGCUUGAGCGUGUACGCCGAUCGACAGCUUUAAUGCACAAUGACCCAUACACCCUGGUUGUUGCUCUCGAUGAUAAGGGCUUUGCCAAAGGAACCUUAUACAUUGAUGAUGGAGAAACUUUCAAGUACAAAUCUAAUGAGUACCUCUACAUUCAGUUUGAAUUUAGUAAUAAAUCACUUAAAGCUAAGUUUAUUGAUAAGAAAGCUCACUUUCCCUCAAAGGCCUGGAUUGAAAGGGUUGUCAUCUUAGGAUUGAACAAGAAAUUAAGUUCUGAUCCCAUUGUUAAAAGCAAAAGUGUAGGAGAGCAGUCUUUGAAGUUCUCAAGUGAUGAUAGCUAUAAUGUUGUGGUGGUGCGAAAACCUGGAGUGUCUGUUACUGAGGAGUGGACCUUAUCAUUUUCAUUUUAAUUACGACUUUGAAUUUUUUAACUAAUUAAUUGAUUGUCCCUAUCCUCCGAAAGCUAAUUUAAAUGUGUUUACCUUGAUCACAUGAGAGGCCUACAUUAAUUAACUUUAUAGUUUCAUCAAAUUUAUUAUCAAGUCAAAUGUUUCUUUUCUUUUUGCAGUUGUGUAGAUAUGGAAGAAGGGUUAUAGGAAUAGAAUAUGUUUUAUCUUUAAAGUGAAAAGCACUUGGUAAUUCCUGGUGUGACUGAAUAAACCAUUAGUGCAGAAUUUGGGGGGUAAUGUAUUCAUGUCCGUGAUUUAAUGUUUUGCAUAUUGUGAUGUUAACGAGCCAGUAUUGCGUAAUGUAGAGUAAGACAUUAAAUAAGAAUUAUUUCCUCAGGGACACAAAACUACUUUGGAGUUUGUGGGUGUUUGGCACUAUGAGAUGACUUUUGAAGUUCUUCUGUGGUUUGUUAAUCUUAGUUUGAAUUUACCCCGCCUAAUUUUAGCUCAGAACAAAACUUAGAUAUUUUUUCCCAUUAAUGUGAGUACCUUUCAGUACUUAUUUUGUGAUUGAUGUACAUUUUCAAAAGAUGUUUAUUAUAACUACUAACACUUUGAGCUUUUUAUUAAAAUUAAUUGAAUAGUUGAAAGUAGUUUCAGUUUCUAACAUUUGCUUAUUUUAUGAUCUGUGGAACACAAACUAGGAACUAAGAUCUUGACAGCAUCACAUUGGCUUCUUAGGCAUCUUCAGACCAAUUGUGAGAGCAUUUUGUGAUAUGGUCAAAACUUUCUCUGUUUUAAUCGAUACGCAAUUUCAAGAAAUUACAUUAAAGUUGGCGUGAAAGUA